UGUCUCCCCACGCGCUGGGCAUCUGAGGAUUAGGCCAGCUAUCUACACCUUACAUAUGCUUCAUAGCUUUUUGUUUUGUUGUGAUCUUUAACAUUUUACCACUUUAUUGUAGUAUCUCCUGUCAUCUUCUAUGGACGAGAGUGUACGUUUAUGGAGAGUAUAUUAUGAUGAAUGUCUCGCAACUUUCUCUCAUACCAAUUUUGUGACUUGUGUGGCAUUUAACCCUGUUGAUGAUAAUUACUUCAUAAGCGGAUCUAUUGAUGGGAAAGUUCGAAUAUGGGAUGUGUCCCAUUGUCGGGUUGUUGACUACACUGAUGUAAGAGACAUUGUGACUGCUGUGUGCUAUCGUCCAGAUGCAAAGGCUGCUGUAAUAGGUUCCAUAACAGGGAACUGUUCCUUUUACCAUCUACUUGAUAACCAGCUGCAAAUGGACAGAGAGAUUAACUUGUCACAUGGGAAGAAGAAAGUUCCAAGUAAAAGGAUCACUGGUCUUAAAUAUUUUCCCAGUGACUGGGACAAAGUAAUGGUCACCUGUGCUGAUUCACAGAUUCGGAGAUGAUGUUGUCUGCAAGCUUAAAGGUUAAGAAUGAACCAGACAGUGAGUGUUUUGAGAAAUGAAGUAGGGUUUGAGGGAUCGGACAGUGGAGAAGAGACGGUGGUGAAGAGAGAGACUGAAGAGAAAUGGGUCAAGUCGGGUUUGGGGUUUAGGGUCCGUUGGAGGAUCCGUUUUAGUGUUGCACUUGACAUUCUUAAGUCAGUUGAGUUAUGUUUCAACUUUGUAAGGAAUGGCUUGGGGGUAUUCAUUCAGGUUUGGUUCAUGUAUUUCAGAUUUUUGAGCUUUAAUAUUUUUCGUUCUAGAUUCUAUUUUAAAAUUUUAUUGAUGUGUAAAAUCUGUUUUAUUCCAUUAGUUUGACCAAAUGUUCAUAAAUGUUUUUUUUUUGUCAAUGGCCAAAGGAUGUAAUCAAGUGUUGGUCGGGGUUGAGUCUUUCCGAAGAGUCAUUUGAUCCGAUCAGAUAUGAUUUACAUGGGCAUUAAUGUUUUAAUAUUGUGAAAUCUGGGUAUCAUUAUUGUCAGACGUGAAUCCUUGUAAAAUAUAUAAAAUUUUCGGUUGCAAUAUCGUUUAUGCAAUGUUUUCAUAAUUAACCAGUACUACAAAUUAUUUUAUAAGUAUGCGUCAUGAUCAGGUAAUGACAAUUCAGGUUCAGAUAUAACUUUAAAACAUCAUAAAAUCUAUAAAUGAAUAGCUUUGGGCUAUAUCAGGUAUUGGUUUGACUGAAUAUACCAAAAAUUAAAACAAAAAUAAUCAAAUAUAUAUACUCAAAACUCAAAAGAAAUUAGGGAUUAAUCACACACAUUAUUUGACAAAUUAACAACAUUUCAAAUCUAAAACACUUAAAUACAAAAAAAAAUAGCUUUAAAGAUAGAUAUUUGGUCAAUUGGUUCAUUGUAAGUGCAACACUAGCAUGUGGAAAAAUCUUGACCACUUAACUUACUUCCGUUAAAAUAGUAACAACAAAAGUGUUAAAUCAAGCAUUAAAACAAAUAACAUUUGUAGACACUAUGCAUUAUUUUAUAGAUAACAAUAUAGAUAACAACAUAAAGUGGACUUGUUAUUUCAAUGAUCAAAUCAUGAAACAAAGAGAAAAUAAACAACUUGAAAUUUGGUGUUUUCUAGUUAUACAUCCGAAUUCGAUAAAUAACACUUCGGGUUUGAAUAUAUUUUUCAAUACUAAUAGAUCUAUUCAGAUAUUUUACAUCUUCCUUUAAGAAAGAACAUUUUUUGUCUGGAUCUCGAAUUGCAGGUUUAUGCCCAAGUCUAGGUUUAUAUAACUAAUAUUUUAUACUCGUUUUAAUAGCCAAAUCUGUAUUAAUAAUUUAAUUUAGUUUUAUAAUAAUUUUUAAAUAAAAUUAUAAUUGUUAAUAUACAAUUUAUUUUCGUAUAAAUGUAUUUGAAAUAUGAUUUUUUGUUUAUCGUACUUAUAUCUUUUUAUAAAAUUGUACGCAUUAAAACAUUUACUUUGUAUAUAUAAAUAUCUAUAUAUAUAUAUAUAUAUAUAAUUUUUUGUAUUUAUAAAUACAACUGUCUCGAUAAAAGUACUUCUAUUAUUUAUAGAAAUAUAAAUUUCAAAAUUUCAAAAUAUUAAUAAGUCUUGUAGACUACACGACACCAAUAUUAUACUUGCUUCGUAAUAACAUAUUUGAUUAAUUUCUAUGAAAGUUUUGAUUGUAAUAAACUAAAAUACUUUUCUGCAAAACCAUAAUAUAAUACUAUUGAUUAAACAUUCAAAUUUUGAUGAGUAAAUAUUUUAUUUUGAUUGAUAAAAACAGUUUGAAAUUCAUAAAUAAUCCCUUUUAACAGUAUGUGUCUCUCACAGGUUACUUGGUUCUUUUUAGUUUAUCUUCAAUUUUUUUUUGUAAACUAUUGUAAAUUUAAAUGGUUUUUAUAGUCAAUACUAAUACUUUUAGAUAUAAAAAACAAAUUUAUAAUAUAUUUUAUGUUAACUUUUUUGUCAUCAUAUUUUGUGUUAAUUUUCUUUCCAUUUCCAUUAGGUUAGAUUUUUUUUCAUAAUUACAUAUUUUUUUGAUAUACGAUAUUUGUAUGUUUUAACAUACUUUUGAGAGAUGUUUUUCAAAACAGUUAGAAUAUAUCAAUUUAAUUUUAAUGAGUUUUCCUAUGUUUUCUUACAUUAUUUUAUAUUUUUAUUUUUAUUUUAUUUUUUUAAAUUGAUCUUUAAAUUUUGAUUUAAAAUUAAUAUUAAACUUCAAUGCUGAUCUUGCAUAUUUUGGUGUUUUAAAUUCUUUUCUACACUCUCGAUAGCAUAUAACCUCUGUCGUGAAAGAAACUUGUGAACAUAAUUUUUUUUUUGUUUUGUUAAAAUCCUUUAUAUAAUAAAAUAAUAAAAAUAA